AUGUUGAUCAAUUUACUUUCCAACGGCGUCGCCUGGACGCUCCUCGCCGUUGCGGCCGCCUUAUAUCACUUCAUCCAAAGACGACGGCCGAUAUUUCCAGUUGUGAAUGAUUAUCCUUGGGACUUUUUCCGUCGAAAAGCAUACCUUGCUUACAACCAGGAUGCUGGAACACUCAUCACCGAAGGCCUUGCCAAACACCGCGGCCCUGUCACAAUGCUCGUCCCUGGUGGUACGAAGAUUGUUCUUCCAUCUUCCCUGAGCGACUGGAUCAGGACAAACAAAGACCUAGAUCAUCAAGAGCUGAUCAGAGAGGAAUAUUUCGCCCACCUUCCCGGGUUUGAGUCGCAACACACACUCCACAGCCCCGACAGGAUGCUGAUUGACCUACUUCGGACGAAGUUAACACAGAAUGAAAAUAUCGUACCAGUGGUCAAUCGGCAUGUCGACUUGGCUUUACAACACCACUGGGGUGAUAGCAAGUUGUGGGAAACCAUCGACUGGGAGAAAGAUACUACCGGUGUCAUUUCAUGGGCAGCAGCGUCGGUCUUCGUCGGUACCGAAAAGGCCACGGAUGCAGAGUGGCAGGAGGUUGUUCAGAGUUAUGUACGCGAGUAUUUCGCUGCUGUCAGUGAGCUUCAUACUUGGAAGGCACCGUUGCGUCCAAUCGUACAAUGGUUCUUGCCGCAUACCUCGGCGUGCAGAGAUCUUAUGCGUCGAGCGCGCACCAUCAUGCAAGAGGUCGUUCAAAAGAGGAUAUCCGAAGCAGAAGCUGCCAGGGCUCAGGGCUUGGAGGCACCUUUGUACCAUGACACUGUCGCUUGGACCAUGCAAGUCCCCGGAAACACGCACCCAGCAGGCGAUGUCCAGCUUGCCUUGGCCAUGGCAGCACUGUUCACAACCACCGAGCUUUUCAGACAGAUUCUAAUCGAUAUUGCCAACAAUCCGCAACUUGUCGAGCCUCUCCGACAGGAAAUCAGAACAUCUCUCUCGGGGCAUGGCCUUGGACUCGCCGCACUGGCGAAGAUGGAACUGCUCGAUAGCGUGAUGAAAGAAUCACAGAGGCAGAUACCUAUCUCUGUGGGACUAGAGCGCAAGGUCAUUCGCGAGACAUUCCUGCCGGACGGGACCAAGCUACCCAAAGGCUCACAUGUCAUGGUCGACACAAGCGACAUGUGGAAUCCUGCCAUUCACGAGAGACCGGAAUCAUACGACGGCUACCGCUUCGUAAAACGACGACGCGAAGGCGACAAAGCGAGUCAGUUCGUUCAAUCGAGUCGGGAGCAUAAUAUCUUCGGUGGUGGUAGACACAUCUGCCCCGGUCGGUUUUUCGCCAGCACAGAGUUGAAGCUAUGUUUGGCUCAUAUUCUGUUGAAAUUCGAUCUCCGUCUGCCGCCCGGAUACCAAGCAGUUCCCGUCCGGUUUGGAGUGUAUGCAGGUGUUGAUCCCAAUGUUCGGCUGGAGGUUCGGCGGAGAGAGGAGCCUGAGUGUUUAUUAUGA